CUCCUACUAGGCUCGUCAACCAGGUAUCUCUUUCUCUCUCUCUCUCUCAUGGCAUCUUCUUCAUCUCUGACCGUCGCCUUCUCUCUCCUUCGAUCAACCACUCAUAGAGUUCCACUCUCAUCUUCAUUCCCUACACUUCUCACUGUAAAACCUAAGGUAUUGAAUCAACCUAGAAGUUUUGUAUCGACAACAGUAAUGGCAUCCAAAGAGUCGGCCUCCAACAACCCAGGCCUUCAGACUCCUGAUGAGGCCACAAAAAGUUAUUUCUUGCAGCAAGCCAUGAUUCGAGUAAAGGACCCCAAAGUCAGCCUUGAUUUCUACUCUCGUAUAAUGGGCAUGACAUUGCUCAAGAGACUGGACUUUCCAGAAAUGAAGUUUACCUUGUACUUUUUGGGAUACGAGGACACUAAGUCUGCUCCUGAAGAUCCAGUUGAGCGUACUGCUUGGACUUUUGGUCAGAAAGCCACACUUGAGCUUACACAUAACUGGGGUACGGAAGCUGAUCCUGAUUUCAAGGGUUAUCACGAUGGGAACUCAGAACCUCGUGGCUUUGGACACAUAGGCAUCACUGUUGAUGAUGUACAUAAGGCUUGCAAAAGAUUUGAAAGUUUAGGCGUGGAGUUUGUAAAGAGACCCGAGGACGGUAAAUCUAUUUGAUUUCAAUAUAUAUCUAGAGUGUCUAUUUGUUGCUUCUUAUCUCAAUAUAUAUUUCAUGAUGAAGUUCUAUUUGAGAAGAAUUAUCGUCUCGUCCAAGGCUGCGGUCAAAUCUUUUAUGACUGAAUUUUAUAAUUUUUAGUUACAUGUACUAGUUGUUUUAUUUUAUUUUAUUUUAUUAUUUUUUUCUUUCUGUGGUCUCAGAACCUUCUAUUGCAAAUUAGUGCAUUUGUUGGGAGGAAGCGGUAAAAUAACGAGAAUCAACCAUGAUGAGAGGAAUAGACAAUUUUAAAAAAAUAAGGCAAGAGGAAAUUGAAAAUAUAUAAAUAAAUAAACUAAGAAAACGUGGUCUUAAUUCUAAC